UAUCCGUCGCCACGAUUUUUUUUUUGUCUCCUAUUCUCACCUCCGAUGAUUUUGCAACACGCCUUCGAGCCGAGCUGGUAACUACGCGCAUUCGAAAUUUUAUUUGUCGCUGGUACAGCUAACACGUUUUUUUUUUGGUACUGUUAACAUCGUUUACAAUUCGCCAAUAAGUUCUGGUAUAAAUUCCAAAAAAAAAAAAAAAAAACAGUGAUGUAAAGUCGAUAACUGUGUAAGUGAUAGUGUCGUUAGUUUUUUUUUGUGUACUAGUUUGAUUUUCGAGUUCAAAAUUAGUGGAAACUUUAUCGAAACGGUUAGUAGGUCAUUGAAGUUGGCAGCUCUACAAUGGCUCCUCACCACCAUAACUUCGAGAUCAUCGAAGCGGAUAAUUGCCGAAGACCGAAAAGCAAAUUAAAAUCAUUUUUGAAGCAAAAUGGUUUAACUUUAGCCACGAUGGUGGGUGUCAUAUUAGGUACCGUAUUGGGUAUCAUCUUAAAAUAUUCUAAAGACUCGUGGACAGAACGUGAAGUAAUGUAUAUAGGAUUCGCAGGACAGAUAUUUCUAAGGAUGCUAAAAGUUCUAAUCCUACCGUUGAUAAUAUCUUCAUUAAUCUCAGCUAUAGCCGGUUUGGAUUUGUCUCUUUCGGGGAAAAUAGCCGCAAGAGCCGUGGCGUAUUAUUUAACGACCACAUUUGCCGCCGUAGUUUUGGGUAUGGUUGUCGUGAUGGUCAUAAGACCUGGUGUUGGGGUCAAAGUCGCAGGAGUAGGAGAAGGAGUUAAAAGAAAUGUUAGCACCGUGGAUACCUUAUUAGAUUUAGUACGAAACAUGUUCCCACCAAAUAUGGCAGAAGCUACAAUAUUCCAAACUAGAACGGUGCUUGUCCCCACUUAUGACAACGACACAGGUUCCUAUAUAAACAAAAUUGACACUGAAAUCAUCCAAAAUACAAAUAUAAUGGGUUUGGUGGUAAUAGCAGCCGCUCUUGGUAUAGCCAUCGCUCAACUUGGAGAAGAAGCCAAAGUUAUAGCGACUUUUUUCCACAACUUGAUGGCCGUUAGUAUGAAAAUUACAUCUUGGGUAAUAUUCCUCUCACCAUUAGGUAUCAUCUUUUUGGUUUCUUCUAAAGUACUCGAAAUGGAGGAUGUUGGUAACGUGAUGGCCGGUUUGGGAUGGUACUUCGCUACAGUAUGUACGGGUUUAUUCGUCCAAGGAUUUGUGAUUCUGCCACUUCUCUAUUUAUUACUAACUAGGAAGAAUCCAAUUGCGUUCAUUUUGAACAUGUCCCAGGCUGUCGUUACAGCAUUUGGAACAGCUUCGAGUUCCGCAACGUUGCCGUUAACGAUACGUUGUCUGGAAGAGAAGAACGGAGUCGAUCGUCGAGUAGCGAGAUUCGCACUUCCCAUCGGCGCUACUAUCAAUCUGGACGGUACGGCUUUGUACGAAGCUGUAGCUGCUAUCUUUAUAGCUCAAGUUCGUGAGGUACCUCUUGAUUUCGGAACCUUAGUGGCUAUAAGUCUAACUGCAACCGCUGCAAGUAUAGGUGCCGCCGGUAUUCCUCAAGCUGGUUUAGUAACAAUGGUAAUGGUACUAGAUACCGUAGGUUUGCCUGCGGAAGAUGUCACUCUGAUCCUUGCCGUCGAUUGGUUAUUAGAUCGUUUUAGAACAGCCAUAAACGUCAUGGGAGAUUCAUUCGGUGCUGGUAUAGUUUACCAUAGAAGUCUAAGAGAGUUGGGAGUAUUAGUUCCGACUGAAAUAAGCUCGGAAGAUCCUCCAGAUUACAUAGACGGCGAAGCCACGACCGGUAAAUCGAGUCUCACAAAACACGAAGGAACGUCCCAAUGAAUUUUUAUAGAAAAAAAAAAAAAAAGAAAAAGAAGUGAACAUGCUCUCGAAAAUGAAGUAAAUUUUAACUAGAAAAUAAGUUGUGAAUUGAAAUAAUCGAAAAUAUGUAAAAAUCAAAAUAAAUCAGUUGAAUGAG